GAGACAGGCUUUCUCUGUGUAACAGUACUAGUUGUCCUGGAACUUGAUCUGUAGACCAGGCUGGCCUUGAACUCACAGAGAUCCGCCUGCUUCUGCCUCCAAUUUAAAGUGAUUUCAUCAAAAGGCAGAACAAAGAGUUGAGAAAUAGACCUGGACAUAUAAAGUUAAUAAUUACUUUUUAAAGAUUUACUUAUUUUUUAUUUCUUAAAUUAUGUGUAUUUUUGCAUGUCUGUGUGUGGGUGUCCACAGAGACUCGAAGAAGGGGUCAGAUCCUUUCACAUCAGAGUUACAGAUGGUUGUGAGCUUUCUGACAUGAGUACUGGAAACCAAACUUGGGGCCUCUGCAAGAGCAAUACCUGCACCCCUAAGUACUGAGCCAUCUCUCCAAGCCCCGUGGUUGUUAACAACAGUUCAAAAUAAUCCAGUAGGGAAACAGAGUCUUUCCAACAAGUUCUGCUUGGACAGCUGUACUUCCACACAUUAAAAAAUUAGGACCGUGGGCUGAGGAGGCGGCCUCGUGAGUAAAGCCCUUUCUGUGCAAGCAUGAAGACCCAAGCUUGCACCCCCAACACCCAUGUUGGGGACACCAAGCCAAGUACUUAGAAGACAGAGACAGACAGAUGCCUCGGCCUCAGUGGCCAGCCAGCCUGGUCAAAACAGUAAACUCCAGGUCCACCGAAGUUUGUUUCAGAAGAUAGUGUGUGUGUGUGUGUGUGUGUGUGUGUGUGUGUGUGUGUGUGUGACUGAAGAAGACAUCUCAGUGUCGAUUGCUGACCUCCACAUGCACUCACAGUUGUGAGCAUACUUACACACGCAUGUGCAACGCAGACACAUACCUUGACUCAUACUUUCCAUCAUAAAAUGAAAUUAGCUUGAAAUAGAUCAUUGUUUCAGCUAUAAAACAACUAUAAAAACUGUAGAAAAAUUGAGUGAACUUCUAGAGAACAAUGGUUUAAGGAAACGUUUCUUGGGCAAGAUUCAUAAAGCACAUCCAUAAACACUCGUGAGAAGUUGGUCCAGAACUAAGACACAUUCCCGUUAAGAAAAUGGAAGUGUUAGCUGCAGCAUGGAAAAAAGUGUUUCUGAUAUGGGUUCAUUUCCUUAUCAUGGCUGCCUCCUGAAGCUGUGGCACAAAGUGAAUGAUUAUUGACUCUCAUGCCCAGACAGAACACACCUUCUAGAAGGUCGCUCAGUUCUCUCAUUAACACCAUUGCUCAGAGCCACUGUUCUUACCACCCGGCUAUGAAGAAGUCCUGGGGAGAAGACCGAGUGAGGCCAGGAGCUUGCAAGCCCAGAUCUUGAGUUUCAUUCCCAGGGUGGGGGAGGUUAGCAAGGACAAGCGGUGAUGGGAAGUCUGGAGAGAGACGUCUGUACACUAGGAAGCUACCAGAAGCCUUAGAUGAGCCACCACAGGCACAUAUGAAUGGACGAUUGCCAGCGUCUACAUGGAGGAUGGCUGGAAAAGGCCAGGUCUACCAUGUGGCUGUUGAGUUUUGAACAGGCAGAGUGGUGAGCCCAGCUGUACUGAUAUGAGCAAAAUGUCAUUGCAUGAAUGACCUUGGUGCUGGGAUCAAUGGCAGGUAACACCUCAGUGCCAGCUGGGGAGUUUUGGCGUGACCACAGACCAAAGCAUCAGGUGAGUAGUCCAGGACCAUGGACCCUUAGUUCAACUCUUUUCCUAGGAUGCCCGUCAGAAUUCGCCUCAGUCACGGCACCAGACUCACAAGGAUAGUUCUAGCACAUGGACCAUGUGUGCUUUGUACAGUCAGAGGAAAGUUCCCAUUGCUCUCCUCAGCUUCAGCUUGAUGACCCAGCAGUGAUGCUUUGUUUAGAGUCGGCAUGCAUGCCAGUGCGGCUGCAGCGACUAGAUCGGAGGCAGCUGGAGGUAAAGGCCAGUUUACUGCCAGUUUACUUGGACUUGGAAUGACAGCCUUUUAGAGUAAACAUCCCAGGAAGCAAGUGACUUGGCGACCAAGUCCUUGGUGGCUCUUCCCAUGUCACUCACAGCAGCCUUUUAAACAUGGGGCCCACCUCGGUAUUUAGAACUUAAACCGUGUUUGGGGGCUCACUGAGAGAAUGCCUGCUUCUCUCACGACCUGCCUGAGAUACACAGCCAUGUGUGAACAGUCCGUGUGGCUGCUUCAGAGGCAUGGCUGUGGGAGGCAGGAUGGAGCUCUCAAUGGCUCCCACCAGUACGUUUCCACUUUACACAGACUACUAAAGAGAAUCUGGAAGAUUUUCGUUUUCCUACAGGGCUUACGUUUGUAGCCCAGGCUGACAUUGAACUCAUGGUCCCCUUGCUUCAGCCCCUCAACUACUGGAUUACAGAUGUCCACCAAUCCCUGAGUAGAAUCUAAAAGAUUCUAUCAAGAAUGUAUUUGUGAGCUUGGUGUGGAGGCAGGUAGAACUUCUAUGCUUUUAAAGGGCUAACCUGCACUAGCCAGCCUUUGGUGUGGAGGCAGGUAGAACUUCCAUGCUUUUAAAGGGUAACCUGCACUAGCCAGCCUUGCAUUUUAGAGUGGUUAAGAGGAAAUGAACUUAAAAUACAAUUCUUAGGACUCUGCUUGCUGAACAGUCCUGUCCCUCACUAGCUACCAAUUUUAUUGUACUAGUCCAAGGCAUCGAAUAAGGAAGGGCUUAUCAAUUAGUGGAAGAACUUAAAACGGAAGCCAUUAUUCCUUCACUGUAAAUUCUGCCCUUGCUUUCAUUCAACUGUCUUUCAUUCUAAUGACAGGAUUGGAUUUCCUCUGACAACCUAUGGAUGACAUACUGGCUAUUUCCUGCAAGGAAAAUGAAACAUAAACUCCUUGUUAGUGAGAGUAGGCUUUGGGGUGACAUCUCAAGUGGAGCACGCUCUUUCCUCUGCACAUCGUUUUGGCCACCUGAAGAAGCCUCUUGCUCUGAGUUGGGGCGGGAGGAGCAAGCGGCUGCUACCUCCCCCUCUUUUUCCUCUCCGCAGCUGCAAAGUUCAGAGAGUUGAACUGCAGUGCUCCGAGUUCACUGCUCGCUCCGCCACAGUCAACCUCUGUUGUAAAUUUUCCUCCCGGAACACGUGACGAUGCAUUUCUUGACUAUAUAUCCCAAGGACAGCAGCGGGGCUGUCAGAGCGCAGAGCCCGACCCAGAAGAAAAACGUCCUCCGAUUCAGCCAUUUAGGAGUUCCACACUUGGGACGAACUGUCAGCUUUCGCCCCCGGCUGUGUGAGCGGCAUCUCAAUGCUGAGGAUGGAGCCUCUGAACAGUACACACCCGAGCGCUGCAGCCUCCAGCAGCCCCCUCGAGUCCCAUGUGCCUAGUAACAGCAGUGGUAAUGGCAAUGAAUACUUCUAUAUUCUGGUCGUUAUGUCCUUCUACGGCAUUUUCCUGAUCGGAAUCAUGCUGGGCUACAUGAAAUCCAAGAGACGGGAGAAGAAGUCUAGCCUCCUGCUGCUGUACAAAGAUGAGGAGAGGCUGUGGGGGGAGGCUAUGAAGCCGCUGCCCAUGAUGUCGGGCCUGAGGUCAGCACAGGUGCCCAUGAUGCUGAAUAUGCUGCAAGAGAGCGUGGCGCCUGCACUCUCUUGCACCCUCUGCUCAAUGGAAGGGGACAGUGUGAGCUCUGAGUCCUCCUCCCCAGACGUGCACCUCACCAUCCAGGAGGAAGGAGCUGACGAUGAGCUGGAGGAGACCUCCGAGACACCUCUCAAUGAAAGCAGUGAAGGGUCUUCAGAAAACAUUCAUCAGAAUUCCUAGCACCCCCAGGCCUCUGGAGGUGGCUCCGUAAGCCACGCUUGACCGAGGAGAGGCGUAUGUGAAGUGCCUGGUUUCACUUUUGCUCUGCAGCUGCCACCUUGAACAGACGGUGGGCAAGCCCCCAAAAUGGGGCAGGGAGAGACAAGGCUCAACUGGAGUCCUGGAGGUUCCUGUGGUUCGGACCCAUCACUGCAUGACCAUUUACUCUGGGGUCUGGGUGUUGGGGGUCCCUGUUCAGCAUCUGGCUGGAGAAUGUGUUGUUUUUCACUGGAUGCCCUGGGUAACUUCUACAGCAUCUGUCUGUGCCCAGGGCUGACAACUGCCCAGGGCAGGCUGAAGGACUACUUUUGAUUUGCUUAAUUUGCCUAGAGCUUUGUUCUUCUAGAUCUGAUUGGCUGUAAGUAUCUUUAGUGUGUGCCUGUGGCAUUUGGUCACAGAGAAUUACACGUGUCUUUUGGAUUAGGAGGGGGAAUGCUUGAUGGGGAAAUUUUGAUGUGGAGAAAGCUGGAGGAAGAACCCAGAUUGUUUGCACAAUGUGAGGGGAGAAAGCAGUGUGUACAUAUGUCCACAUUAGCUGGGGCUAUAAGCUAUGACCUAGUUUGAGCUUUGGUCUCACCCGUGAGCUUGAACUCUGACGUGUGACGGUACAGCAUUGCAGGUGAGCAUGGCUUUCUCUGUCAGUGAGCUUCCUCAGACUCGAAGCCUACGUUCAGGGUGGUCCUGCUGACCUUUCCAGAUUGGGUAAUGGUGGGGGUUAGCCAAGGCCAAACCAUCGAUGGCACUGCUGUGGCUCUUUUUCCCAGCCUAGUUUUCCGAGGCCAGAGAGGACACAUGUGGGCCUCAUCAUGUGGGGUUUUGUCACGUAGCUGAGACCUAGAAGGGCAUAUUCAGGAGAGAUUGAACAGGGCUGGGGUCCAAACACUGUACUUCUUGAUCUGAGUCCCGAUGAUCAUUUACUGUGUGGUCCUGGUGGCAUGUCCUCAUAAGGUUCAUUGCCUUCAUGAGGCUCCUGGGGCUGUGCAGCCUCAGGGGGCUGGGAGGACAUCUUUAGACUUUGUUCUGUGUGAUCAAUCCUCCACAGCCUGGUGUGAGGAAGUUUGGACCAAGUAUUUCCCCUUUGGCUGCUUAGUCUGGAGAAGGAUGUGUUGACUUAAAGGCGCAGUUGGAGACUAGAGAGUGUGACGACUGGGGAAUUGGGGGCCGAUCAGCAGUCCUCCUUACUUUAGCUUUCCCAGGAUGGGACCGAGGAGGCAGAUAGCAUAGCUUCCUCUGCAGAGUUCCGUGGAUGGCAGGAUGUGAGCACUCCCGGCUGAGGGGAAGAGAAGGCUAAAAGGAGGUUCUCAGGACUGCCCGCCAGUGUUCCGUGUGGCCAGAGCAGGCUCUUUUGCCCACUGCAGACCUUUAGAAGGAAGCAGAAAAACCCCCAAAAGGCCAAGUUUGACUCUAGGGAAAAAAACCUUUUUAAUUUUUAUUUAUCCUAACUCUCCCUAGAUUGGAGACAAAGCAGUUACUACUGUCCCCACGAGGGACUCACAGUAUAGGAGCUGGUUUUUCAAUCAGUUUUUGACACGGAGGUAGAGUAAUUUAUGUCGGAGGGGGAAAGGGGCCUUCUGUUCACUUUAAGAUUCAGAGUGUGGAUCAACUCCAAAGGGGGCCGUUGAAGUUGAAAGAAGCCAAGUUAAGUUUGGCCUCUUGCCUGGAAUCACUUGAAUUCUGAAACUUUACUGCGACAGACAUGUGCAUGGUCACAUUUUCCAUUGCUUAAUCCUGGUUUGGUGCAAGUCUGUCUGCGCCUGUUACAAAGUGAUGUAUAUACUUCCUUCCAGUACGUUGAGUUGUAGACAAUUGUCUUUUGUAUUUAAUGGUUUGUAAUUUUCACAAUAUUUUUUAAUUUAAAUAAACACAUUUUCCCUGCGAAGUCGUA